AUAUUUUAGGGCAGGUGGCUUGGGCUUCCUGGAUCAGGGCUGGUCGUGAGGCCGAGAUGAUGAAGAUCCAGCCUGCCCCGCCGGCUCACAGUCGGGGAAGCGGGGGCGGCAUGGGAGAUGAGCGGGGCGGGCAGUCCCAGAGGGCUUCUCGGAGGCGGUGGCCGGUGCCUGGAGCGGCUAGAACCUAGGCGGUGACGCGGCCCGCCCUAGUGGAGCCCCGCGAGGCCCGGAAGCGCCGAACGCAGAGCUUUAGGAGCCUUGGGACGCUUCAAGCUGCAGAUGCUGGAGCGGAGCCUGCGGGAGGAGGAGCUGCGAGCACAGCACCAGGCCGCGCUGCUGCACCUGCGAGAGAUGGCGCUCCAGGAGAAAACGCUCGCGGAGCUGGCCUGGCUGGAGCAUCGGCGAGGGUGCCUGGACAGCAAGAGGGACAGAGCUGUGCUGGCCGUGCUGGUGGAGAAGCAGCAGCAAGCCCUCAGCAGAUUCGAGAAGGAGCAGAGGGAAAUCCAAUACCUGCGACACACGCAGCUGCUCAGGCACCGAGACAGGAAGCUGCUUCUGCAGCAUCAGAGGGACGUCGUCUCCAUGCCGGGGCCUGCAGGAGCCCUCCCCAUCCGCGGGCCUGCGGACACCCUCCCCAUCCCGGGGCCCGCGGAAGUCCUCCCCAUGAUGGGAACCGCGGAAGUCCUCCCCAUGACGGGGCCCGCGGACGCACUCACCAUCCCGGGGCCAACGGACGCCCUCCCCAUCCCAGGGCCCACGGACGCACUCCCCAUCCCGGGGCCAGCGGAAGUCCUCCCCAUGACGGGGCCCGCAGACAUCGUCCCAGUGCACGAGCUGCAGGCCCGGGCCAAGCUGCCGCAGGGUUCCAGCCCCAAAGUCAAGGCCACCUGGGAGGGCAGCUCAGAGACAAGCCAGCAGCCAGAGGCCUCCCUGUGUCCCCUGACCCUGCGCAGGCCCAGCAGCCCCACCAGCCGUCGCCCCCAGAGCAGCCCCGCAAGCUCGAAGGCCAUACGCCCUCCUGUGGAGCAGCAGGAUGUGAUGCCGCCCCAGACAACCUCCGACGCAGAUGGUCACCAGCAGCCUCCGAGGCCAGCGUGGGGCGAGGACACACAUGACCCCCGGAGCCCGCUGGUGGAGAGUCGCAGCCACAUCAGCCAAGAAUCUGGGAAGCAGCCUCAGGCCCCUCAGCCGGGCCUGCAGCCUGCGAGCCCCACCGACGGACAGCGGCUGGGCACAGCCUUUCCCGCCGAGGAGGCGGAGGGGCGCCUCCCCACAGCUCAGCGCAGGUCGCCGGAGGCGAAGGAGCCGCUCCCAGGAAACCCUCAGACCAAGCCUGGGCCUUCCUUAGCGGGGAAGCCCCGGGCUCCGACAGACAGCAGCCAUAUGAGGAGCUUCGGGGAACGCAGCCAACACUCCUGGGGCAGAGAAGGUCCUUGUGGCCCACAGGAAGCCAGCCAGGUGACUGAGGGCAGCAUGAGCGAAGAGGGCUCGGAAUUGGGGCUGGAUUUUGCCGAGAGUCGCGUAGAGGAGUCCCAGGAAACCGAGAGCUGGCGAUCAGGGGAGCAGAGGAUGGAGGCCUGCCUGCAGGAGGUCCCCGGCGUCUCCUCCACCUGGCUGGAAGCUGCCCAGGCUGCUGCCUUCCCAGCAGCUCCUGUGGCCCCUGAGGAGGUGGCGCCCCCGAUCCUGCACCAGGGCAGUCCCCUUCUCCCCGCCAGCCCCUCCUGCAGUCCCGGCGCUGAGUCUGCUUCCGGAACCUGCUGGGGGCCUUCGCAAGAAGCCAUGGUGUCAUCCCACACCUCCCCAGCAGGCUCUGUCACCAGCCUGUCCUGUCCCUCUCUCUGGGAGUUCCAGAAAGCAGCGGCUACCCUGGUCCAACUUUCUGAGAGCUCCAGCUCUCUUCCCGGCUCGGAAGCUAAAGACUCCCCAGACAGCGGUUUCGCCUGGCCUGGAGAGCUCUCUGCCCGACACUCCUCAGAGGAAGCCGGCCUGCCUUUGUCCUGGGGGCCAAACCAGGGUGAGCCUCGGCCAGGCAGUGUUCCUGGGGGUGGAGGACGGGUCACCUGGCAGAGGCCCCAGGGCAGUGGGGCCAGCCCCCUGCGUGGUUCCUCCUUGGACACGGCUGUGGCAGAAGGUUCAGCACCGGAGCAAAGCCCGAAGGCAGGCUGGCUGCUGCCUUUCCCAGACAUCCCUUCUCCAAGGUCAGGGUCAGAGCUGUCAGAGGCCUCCAGCAAAGUCUGGGACGAGGACAGCAAGGAGGACCUGCCAGAACCCUGUACCGGGGCCGAGCCAGCCUCGGGGAGCUCCCUGCCUGCAGGUGGCUCAUCCGGCCUUGAAAGUGGUAUGGAGCCCCAGGUAGCUCUUCGCUCCCCACAGCCUGGGGAGGGGCAGGAAGCUUUUGGGACCAGUGAGAGCCUGACCAGGGUGUCAGACACAGGAGAAGCACGCCAGGCACCCCCUGAGGCCGCCGGUGUGGUGUUCCCACCCCAAAUCUCUUCUGCCAGCGACUCGGACUCACUGCCAGCCUUUCCUUUGGGGACCUCUGGGAGUGAAGGAGCAGAUUUCAACAAAGGAGGAGAGACUUCUGGCUACCAGGAGGGAGCUCGGGAAGCUGACUCAAGUAUGUCCACCAAGAGCAAACUCCCGCGCCUCAUGCCAGAGCCCGAGACCCCAGUGACCCUGCAGGCUCCUCCCGGGGACCUGGGCAGGCUGGCACUCCUAGUAACUGAGAGCUGGGUGCCUGGGCCCGGUGGGAAUGGAUCCCCCACUGUCCUGGAGGAAGCCUGUCCCCGACUUGCCAGUGACAUCUUGAUUGAGAUCCUGUCUCCCGUGGACGAGUUGCUGUCCUACAGCAGUGCCGACCUCCCGUCCUCCAUCCACAGGGAGGACCCCCUACCCCCACCUCCUCCCACUCCCCAGGCACAGAGUGAUGGCGAAGACACCAACCCAGGCUCAGAUGCCUUCCCUUCCCCGCCCUCGGGGCCCCUCGGGGAGGACAGCGCUAUCACCACCCAGGAUUUGUCCUCCUUGUCUGAGGAGAGUCUGCCGGAGGGACUGUUUCCUGGGCUCCAGGGGUCCGCGGGAACCCAGGAGUCGGGGCUCUGCCUAGGAGUGGCUGGACCGGGUGGAAGCCUUGAGGACCAGUUGGGUAGAUGCAGUUCUAUAGCAGGGGAUGAGGCCGGAGGCAGCCAGUGGCCUGAACCUGUCAGCUGGCCAAGGCACCCGUCGUGUGAGGGGUCAGGCAGUGUCCCUGGAGGGCUCCCAGGGCCAUCAGUGCAGCCCCCAGCUCCAUCCAGAGUGGCCUCUGUGGCCAGGGAAGGUCUGUCAGGGCUGUUGGCAGCUGGUGACGCGGACAUGACGAUUGGCAGUUCGUCGGAGGACUGGGCUCCUGCUUUGGGCACAGGGUUCUGGGCUGAUGUGGCCUUUGAGGAGGUCUUGGGCAGUCGGGGAGAGCCCUGGGAAGGAGCACAGAGCUCUGGGUGUGCAGAGAGCCAGGGAGGGUCGGGGCAGCUCUUGGUGGGUCUGGAUGAGCUCCUAGACACUGCUUCAUCUGCAGUGGGGCCCCUGGGCAGCCGAGCCUGCUUGGCCAAGACCCCCACCAGGGGCCGAGACCCCAAAGAAAUGCUGCGUAAGAGCAGGAAGGCAGCCACAUCCCCAUAGGCAGCCACACCUCCACGUCCCUGGCAAGCAGCCCCGGCAUCCUCUCCCCUAGGCCAAAUACCCUUGGCCACCAGUGGAAAGUGUGGGUCCCUGGAGCAUGCCAGCGAGGACAUCGAGGGAGGCCUGAGCCGCCAGGUAGAGGACCCACCUGGGCCCGAGGGCUCACUGGGCAGAGAGCUGCUCCUGGAGACAGACUCAGGCUGUUGUGCGCAUCUCCCAGGUGUGGAGAGAGACCAGGCAGUGGACCUCGUCUCCACGCGGCUCACUAGGAGGGUCCCGCACGACUCCUUAGCAGCUCUCUCCACACUGGCCCCAGGUGCAGCCCCUAGGAGUGUUUUCUGGAACUACAGAGAUGCCCAGGAGUCCACGAUGUCAUUGUGAGCUGUGUGUGGCAUACACAUGCACACGUGGGAGUAAGAACCUAGAGGCCGGCCGGGCGCGGUGGCUCAAGCCUGUAAUCCCAGCACUUUGGGAGGCCAAG